CUGGGGCCCGGGCCCGGUGGCCGGCGCGGCCUGCCCUUUGUGCUUGCAGUCCGCAUCCGCGCCCAGGGCCGCCGCGUCGGGCUCCCCGGCGCGCGUGCCCGCCCGCGCGCUGCCUAGCCUGGGAUGUGCCGGGGAUGCGCGCCCGCCGGCCCUGCGGCUCCUGGCAGCUGGGCGCGGGGCGAUGGAGCUGAGCAUGAAGAAGUUCACGGUGCGCAGGUUCUUCUCAGUGUACCUGCGCAAGAAGUCGCGCUCCAAGAGCUCCAGUCUGAGUCGCCUCGAGGAAGAAGGCAUCGUGAAGGAGAUUGACAUUAGCAGCCAUGUGAAGGAAGGCUUCGAGAAGGCAGACCCCUCCCAGUUCGAGCUGCUAAAAGUUUUAGGACAAGGGUCGUAUGGAAAGGUGUUCUUGGUGAGGAAAGUCACAGGAUCGGAUGCUGGUCAGCUCUACGCCAUGAAAGUCCUGAAGAAAGCCACCUUGAAAGUGCGAGACCGGGUCAGGUCUAAGAUGGAGAGAGACAUCCUGGCAGAGGUGAAUCACCCUUUCAUCGUCAAGCUGCAUUACGCCUUUCAGACCGAAGGCAAGCUCUACCUGAUCCUGGACUUCCUGCGGGGAGGAGACCUCUUCACCAGGCUUUCCAAAGAGGUGAUGUUUACGGAGGAGGAUGUCAAGUUCUACCUGGCUGAGCUGGCCUUGGCUCUGGACCACCUCCACAGCCUGGGGAUCAUCUACAGGGAUCUGAAGCCUGAAAAUAUCCUCCUGGAUGAAGAGGGACAUAUUAAGAUCACAGAUUUUGGCUUGAGCAAGGAGGCCAUCGACCAUGACAAGAGAGCCUAUUCAUUCUGUGGGACUAUUGAGUACAUGGCGCCCGAGGUGGUGAACCGGCGUGGACACACACAGAGUGCUGACUGGUGGUCCUUUGGUGUGCUCAUGUUCGAGAUGCUCACAGGGUCCCUGCCGUUUCAGGGGAAGGACAGGAAGGAAACAAUGGCCCUCAUCCUCAAAGCCAAGCUGGGCAUGCCUCAGUUCCUCAGUGCCGAGGCGCAGAGCCUGCUGAGAGCCCUUUUCAAGCGGAAUCCCUGCAACCGGCUAGGUGCUGGUGUUGACGGAGUGGAGGAAAUUAAACGUCACCCGUUCUUUGUCACCAUAGACUGGAAUAAGCUGUACCGCAAGGAAAUCAAGCCGCCCUUCAAGCCAGCAGUGGGAAGGCCCGAGGACACCUUCCACUUUGACCCUGAGUUUACUGCAAGGACCCCCACAGACUCUCCUGGUGUCCCCCCAAGUGCAAACGCCCACCACCUGUUCAGGGGGUUCAGCUUUGUGGCCUCCAGCCUGGUCCAGGAGCCUUCACAGCAAGACGUACCCAAGGCCCCCAUUCACCCGAUUGUGCAGCAGUUACAUGGGAACAAUAUCCACUUCACUGAUGGCUACGAGAUCAAGGAGGACAUCGGGGUGGGCUCCUACUCAGUGUGCAAGCGGUGUGUACACAAAGCCACGGAUGCCGAGUACGCCGUGAAGAUCAUCGAUAAGAGCAAAAGGGAUCCCUCAGAGGAGAUUGAGAUCCUCCUGCGGUAUGGCCAACACCCCAACAUCAUCACCCUAAAAGAUGUCUACGAUGAUGGAAAAUACGUAUACCUGGUGAUGGAGCUCAUGCGAGGUGGGGAGCUGCUGGACCGCAUCCUCCGCCAGCGGUGCUUCUCAGAGCGGGAGGCCAGUGAUGUGCUGUACACCAUCGCCAGGACCAUGGACUACCUGCACUCCCAAGGGGUUGUUCAUCGGGACCUGAAACCAAGUAACAUUCUGUACAUGGAUGAAUCUGGAAACCCCGAAUCUAUCCGCAUCUGUGACUUUGGGUUUGCCAAACAGCUGCGAGCAGAAAAUGGACUGCUCAUGACCCCCUGCUAUACUGCAAACUUUGUGGCUCCUGAGGUCCUGAAGCGGCAAGGCUAUGACGCAGCGUGUGAUGUCUGGAGCCUGGGAAUCCUGCUGUACACCAUGCUGGCUGGGUUCACCCCUUUUGCUAAUGGGCCAGACGAUACCCCCGAGGAGAUUCUGGCGAGGAUUGGCAGUGGGAAGUACGCCCUUUCUGGAGGAAACUGGGACUCCAUAUCGGAUGCAGCAAAGGACGUCGUGUCCAAGAUGCUCCACGUGGACCCGCAGCAACGCCUAACAGCAGUUCAAGUGUUGAAGCACCCAUGGAUCGUGAACAGAGAGUACCUAUCCCAAAACCAGCUGAGCAGACAGGACGUCCAUCUCGUGAAGGGCGCCAUGGCAGCCACCUACUUUGCUCUGAAUAGGACCCCACAGGCGCCGAGGCUGGAGCCUGUGCUCUCCUCUAGCUUGGCCCAACGCAGAGGCAUGAAGAGACUCACGUCUACCCGGUUGUAGUGGCCAGCCAAGUCUCCAGCCUCAGCCUCCCUGCCCAACGUCCUCUCAGGCUCACAGACGCCAGAUACAGGUCCUGUUCACGGGCCCUUGCGUGCCCGCGAGUCCAGCACAAAGAUGGAUCUGUCCUUGGCUGUCUCUCUGUUUCCUUUGCAGCCCCGGAAAGGGUCCUGCCCAGGAUGUCUGAGCCUUGCUGCGCCGACCUCGCCGCCUGCUCUCCUCUUCUCCUGAGUGAAACCAAAUAAACGUGUCACCUCACAGCACCCUGCUGGAGCCUCCCUGGGCUCACUCAGGGCUCUCGGUGUCUCCCAUGUCAUGGCUUAUGCUCAAAGCAGAGAGCUCUUCAUGUCACCUAUGUGUCCCACUGUCUCUCUAAGAGUGUUAGUGCACGGUCCCUGCCAGGAGACUGCAGAGCUGCUCUGGAAGGACUGGAUGUUCCGGUGACACCAGUGGCUGUGUGAAGGCAUCCAGCUUAAAUGCCUGGUUCUGUCCACAAUCACCCAAAGAGUGCCCCUCACCACCCUCUGGUUCACAAGUGAGAUGCUGGCUAGCCUCUCCCUGACCUGGUCACUGACUUGGCAAGAGUCCAGGUGGCUGAGUCUGUGUGAGAGCCUGAUUUGUGCUGGUUGAGACAGGAACCCAAGGAAAUUGCUGGGCAGAGCUCAGAACCCACUGCACUGCUGCCCCUCUAACCCUGUGGCCCCAGGGACACUGGAAGAAUGGGGGCUCCGCUAUGGCUGGGUGUGUUGGCAGCCCUGCACGCGUUUGCCUGAGGCCAUGUAGCAUAUUCACCCCCUGCUGCCCUGGGCCACAGAGAAACUGAAGAAAUGGAACUUUGCUCCCUCUCUCUCCCUUCCUUAGCAUGACUGAGGACAGGAGAGACACCUGAGUCCCUUGGCUGUAGAGAGACAGAAGGUGACAGGAAGUUGUCAGCAGGAGCGGUGUGCUUCGUAGAAGCCGUGGUUCUGUUUUGCGUCUUGUGUUUUCUGUUGUCUAACCUGUGUUUCCAGGCUGUGGGCUGCACAGGGAGCAGUAGCUCCACUGACCAGGCUGUCUGUGUGCACUCUGCAUGCAGAGUAAGCGAGUGAGACCCUGCCCGCAUAGCACGCUCCACUCCAAGUGGUCCCGGAAGAGGGACUUGUGUGUCCUCCGGUCUUUCUGGGGGCUGAGGAUGGUGGACUCAGGUUAGAGGACACUCCACUGUGGCUCAGGACCUGUGGAUUGAGAAGCAGCCCCUCUGCCUGGUAGGUGUAGGAGGCGCCUGUUGGUCACAGAAAGCUUGCACUAGGAAGACCACGGGUGGAUCGUGGCUGCUUCUCCAACUCCUGCCCCAGUGGAAUGUUCGGAACAUAACUCCUUUGCUCAGCCUAAUUAUUUCAGACCUCAAAAUGUAAACGUGUUUCACAAGCUUUAAAUACCCCACUGGACUCUGCUCUGUCUCAGAGUUGUAAAAUACAGAGUGGGGACAGACUGCGCGCCAUUUUCAGUGUCGCUAGGGAUGUUCUCGUGCUUUCUCAGUGGAACUUGCUCUGCCCAAGGCUGAGGUCACCUCCCCGUUGUUAAUGUUCUAGGUCCAGAUCCUUCCAUUUCUUGAUAGAACUCUAGAGGGAAAGUAUAGUGGGUGACUCAGUGACAGAUUCUGUCCUCUGGGAAAUGGGCUCACACCCUCUGAGGGCCUCUCUGGCAUGCGCACUCCAGCCACGCACAGCUUCAGGCUGGCUUUCCUUGCAGCUUCAAGAGUACAUCUUUCGAGGAAAGGAAAGAACAACAGGAUAUAGAAGGCGUGGCUGAGGAGGCGGGCACAGCGUGCCCCCCUCAUCACUUGGUCGCAUCACCUCUUUUAAUCAUGCCAGGUUAUCUGCCUUACACUCAGCCUACUCUGGCCAAAGGGAUGGAGGAGACUGGCACACCAGACGUAUCCUCCAAGUGUCUGAAAAGGAUGCUGGCUCAGCCAUGCUCUGCUGAGAGUGGAGGACCCCACAUGCCCACCCCCACCUAGUACUUGAUACUUGAAAUCUCUCGUGGAAUCAGCCUGAGGAGCACGCGGCGGGAUUAUUUUAAUCCCUGUUCUUUAAAGUCUUCAGUGCGACAGCAGGCGGCUGUGGCGUGUAACCCAGUAUCCCAGUGUUUACCUGUCCUGUGAACCCUUUACCGAACAUGAUAAAAGACCCUGUAUUCUCUACACAAAUGACUACUUGUGUAGUUACAGAAUUUGUCAUGGGAGAGCCCAGCCUACAUCCGGGACUCCUUCACGCAUAACCAGUAGCCACUUUUGGGCUAUCCCACUGGCAGCUCCUGUCCUGUUCGGGCUGAGAACAUGAUGAGUGUCCGGCUGAAGGAGGGGUGGGGUGGGGUGUUGGUCAGAGUCUCUACCCGAGAGUCAAUGGCAGGCAAGCCGUGAAUGUCCCCUGUCCUAUGGUUGUGUGAUUUUUGAACUACCCGUGUGCACUGAUCUUUGGAUAUUGUUUGGCUUUUUAAGUGAGGAUCUUCCCGAUGGUAUCUAAUGUUGACAGUAUUCUUUAUUAAAUGGUGUUCUUCUUUAAGAGGCCCUUAGGGAUUUUCCCUGCGUUGUUCUGCUUCUCUCAAGCACAGGAGGAGAUGCCCCGUGCCUCUUCAUUCUCUCUGGCAAGUUUUGCCGCCCUUCACCACCCGCAAGACUGUGAGACACCUGGAGUGGAAAAGGACUCUGUGGUCCCUAUGUGGCAGGGACAGGUGGAAGGGGAAGCCAGCAUGGCUCAUCCGUGCAGGUGAAAUGUACCUGUCCACCCCGCUCCCACCCCCGCUGCGUUUACAUGCUCAGCAGUUCCGUUUACAGCUCACUCCACGUUCACAUUUCCUGUCUGUGUUUGAGACGGGCGGCCACUGUACAGAUAUUUAUUAUGCUUUCCAAACUUUCCCAUGAGAUUUUUUUGAAUAAACAUGGAUUUUAUGAAGUGUAA